AUGCAGUUUUUGGAAGUGUCAAUGAACAUUGAUCCCGCAGACAAGUUGAUCACCAAAGACAGAAUUGAGAAAUACAUUCUUCGAAAGGCUUUCGACAUGUCCGACGAGCCAGGUGCCAAGCCAUAUUUGCCAGACCACAUUCUCUACAGACAAAAGGAGCAGUUUAGUGAUGGUGUUGGUUACGGGUGGAUUGAUGCGCUCAAAGACAACGCUGAACUUCAUGUUACUGAUGAGAUGAUGAAGAACCCUAAGCCAGAAUGGGGCAGCGAUAUUCCAGAUACCAAGGAAGCAUACUGGUACCGAACGAUGUUUGACGAGCACUUUCCUCCACAGUGUGCAGAUACUGUUGUUAGGUGGCUGCCGACUUGGUCCAACCAGACUGAUCCCAGUGGAAGAGCUAUCUCAACUCAUAACCAGAAGUACGACGAGAAGAAAUGA